UUGGUCAGCGUCUUUAUCUAUAUUCUUAGUUCCUUUUCAAAUGCGAGUCUUCCGUUCUUUUUCCGUCCAUUCACGUCCAGCGCCGAAAGCAAAUUGCCGGCGCUUAUUCUCGGUUGGACUCAGAUUUUUGGCAAGUCAUUGGUCAGUGAACUUGGCACCACCGUCUUACACUGCCCAACAGCGACAUGCCUGUUUACCGGUAACAGAAGUCUGUUAAACAGCAGUCAGGUAGUAUUCUUCCAUGAGCGGGACUUCAGCUUGAUGGACCUGCCGGAACGCCGUCAUACGUCACAAAUGUUCGUCAUCGCCAACUGGGAAGCACCGGUGUACCUGGCAGGUAAGACGGCGUUCCUAAAUGACAAUUUCUUCAAUCUGACAAUGACCUAUCGACGAGACUCCGAUAUUUUUGCCCCUUAUGUGUCAUUUGAGGAAAUGAAUGAUACUCACGAACUGAGUGAUAUGGAUUUGAGAGAAUUAAUCAACAACAAAACCAAGCACAUCGCACGGUUCGUCAGCAACUGCUUCAUUCUAAGUCAUCGCGAAGCGUUACAGAAAUACAUUCCAGUGGACAUAUACGGAGCAUGUGGACCUCUAACAUGCCCCAGAGAGAACGAUGGUUGCAAAGAACUGUUGAGGAAGGAGUACCGGUUUUACCUCGCUUUUGAAAAUACCAUUUGUUUAGACUAUGUUACUGAGAAGUCCUUGACUGCUCUGAGUACCUACGUCGUUCCGAUUGUACUCAGCCGUUCCGUCUCACAACCGCUACUUCCUAGCAACAGUUUUGCUGCCGUAGACGACUUUGACAGUCCGAAACGUCUUUCAGAGUUACUGUAUCUACUGGGCAACGAUACGUCGCGAUACGUCACCUAUUUCCAGUACAAAGGAAAAUAUAUUGCACACAGGAAGUUGUGGACCAGAAGUUUCUGUCGUUUGUGCGAUCAUAUAUCGACAGAUCGAAAGCCAUCUGUUCGAAAGACUAAAAAUUUCAAUUUCUGGUUUCGGAAUGGCAGUAAUUGUGCUGCGGUUUUUGUGGUUGAUGAUCCAGAAACAUCUUUUAACUCCACAUAGGC